AUUAUUUUCUAUUUGAUGAUUAUAAUACUAAGAAAUUAUUAACACUAUCCGGUUAAAACAGUUGAACAGUUGGUCGUAAGUAGAUUCAUGGCUUCUUCAUCAAUUCCAAGUUGCAGUUUCUACUGCAACUCAGCUUCAACACCAACCACUCGUUCACCCUUAUCUUCUUCUUCUUCUUCUUCUCUCUCAUUCUUCAAUGGCCACAAUGGAAUUUCACUAAAGAAAGCAUCUUGGUCCUCCACAUCAACAACUUAUGCCAAGUUUGAGAAAUUCCAGGGAGAUGAUCCUCUUGAAGACUCUUCUUUUCAACCACAACCACAGACAGCGAUUCAAGAAGAAAAACAACAGCAAGAAGAAGAUGACAGCUGCUUGCCUUCAGAUUUGGAAGGUGCCGUCCGGCAAUCAAGUGAAGCAAGUUCCUUGUUCCUGUCUUCUGGAGGAAUGAGAGCUAUAGUGGAGCUCUUGAUCCCCCAGCUGCAGUUUCUAGAUGAAGAAGGAGCACAGAGUGAACUCUGGGAAUUAUCAAGGAUUUUUGUGGAUACUCUUAUUGAGAAAACAGGAUGUCAGAAUGUAAAAGCCAUAUUUCCAGAUGCCGGUGCUGCUGCACUUCUAAAAUACCGGUGGAAAGAUGCUGCUUUUGGAUUCUCCAGUUUAAGUGACCGAAAACCAGUGGAGAGUGAAGAUGAAAUUGUUAUUAUGAUUGUUCCUGACUAUCAAAUGCUGCAAUAUGUACAGAAAAUUGCAUCAAGUCUCUCUGAUGAUCCACCAAGACCUCUGAUCAUGUGGAAUCCGCGUCUCAUCAGCGAAGAUGUUGGAGUUGGGAUAAAUGUUCGCAACUUAAGGAGAUACUUUCUAAGCACUUUCACUACAGUUUACUCAAUGAGACCUCUGCCAACUGGUGCUGUGUUCAGAUGCUAUCCAGGAUUAUGGAAGGUGUUUUAUGAUGAUAAAGAUAGGCCAAACAGAUAUCUCCUUGCCAAAGAAUUUAUAAGCCAUCCAAAUGCUGAAGACCUGGAGAUACUAUUUGGAGAUGUCGAAGAAAACUCGGGGAAGGCCCCUCUUUGUUCGGUCAAGCAGCAAGCAUUUUCUCCUCAAUAAACCGAUUCAUGAAAGCCAUUUCAAAAUAAUUUUCCUUUGUCAUCCCCCUCCAUUGAAGUAAAUAUGUUGCAAUUUUAAGCUCUGCAUCAGUUGACUCUGUAACAUUUAUACCACUUUAUGAUUUCUAAUACAGGAGUUUCACGUUGCAACCUUUGUUGUGGCUUCCUUUC